AUGGCUGGACUCACCACCCCCGCCAUCAUCGUCAUCGUCUUGGUUGGUUGCCUGGCCGUCACGGCUCUGGGCGCCGCCUUGUUCCGCCAGUACAAUCCAGCCGUGGUCGAGACUCCAUACUCUCCACAGCAUGAACAAGUCAAGUACAUGCGGACGGUCCGAAUGCGAAACUAUGCCCAUCUAAAACGGGAAUCCGUGGAUGCAGCCAAAGAUCUGGAAUCGCGAUUUACCCCAGAUGAGGCAUCGGGAUACUACCAACCACAACACGAGCAGCAGUAUCACCAUGCCGAGUGA